AAGAAGAAAAAGAAGAAAAAAAAAGAAAUAAAGUACACUUGAAAGUACAUCAUUAUAGUCUGCGCAUACUCAGGUUGCGCAGCAGAUUUGCGCAAUAGACUUACUCGUUAUCGUUGAACGCACGCUGGUUCUCAGUUGCCGUUCGACCGGUCGUCAAGCGUUAUCGUUUUCAUUUUAAAACUGUCUCGAUUUUUCGAACUAUUCUUUUUUGUCCCGUUAUUGUUUUCCUUUUCAUUUUAUUUUGCCGAUACUUAUAUUUCGCUAAACGAUUGUUAUCGAUUUUUUGAACGAUUUUAAGGAUCAUUUAAAUCGACAUAUUGUCGAUAUUCCUACGAGAUGGGUACACCGGGCAAACAAGUGCGGAAUGGUACUUAUGAGUUCGAUUACAUGCGCGUACCCGAAAACAAAACUCGAUGGCAGAAUUUACGUGACGGCAUUUACAAUUCUGUCGAAGGCACCUAUUGUGGCCACCCACCUAAAAAAUGGGCUUACACAGCAAUCUUUUAUACUUGUUUCUUCUCGAGUUUGGCCUUGCUUUUUGCAAUUUGUAUGAAGGGCCUUUUGGCAACUCUCAGCACUGAGAAACCUAAAUGGAUAUUAGACAGUAGUAUCAUUGGGACUAAUCCAGGGCUUGGAUUUCGGCCAAUUUCGGAAAAUCCAGAUGAAAGAUCUUUAAUCUGGUACACAGCAUCGAAUGCAACCGAAGUGGAGAGGUGGACCAAAAUUUUGGAUACAUUUUUAGCAGAAUACAUAGAUCCGUCUAUUUUACCAAACGGUGGAAGAAAUCAACAGAUUUGCAGUUAUACUCAACUACCAAAACCUGGAAAUGUUUGUGCUGUUAAUGUCAAUAACUGGGGACCUUGUUCGCCGAGUCAGAAAUAUGGUUUCAACAAAUCAGCACCUUGUAUUUUUAUUAAAUUAAAUAGAAUAUAUGGAUGGGUACCGGAAUAUUACAAUGAUACCAAAGAUCUACCAUCGGAUAUGCCGAUUAAUCUAGUCAAUCAUAUUAAAAAAACCAACAGUUCUUGGUUAAAUACCGUGUGGGUGUCGUGCAAAGGUGAAGAUCCAUAUGAUAAUGAAACUAUCGGUGAAUUAGAAUACUAUCCACAGAAUCAUGGAUUUCCAGGAUUUUAUUAUCCAUACGAGAAUAUUCAAGGAUAUUUAAGCCCUCUCGUGGCCGUACAUUUUCUUCGACCUGCUAGAAACACUAUAAUCAACGUUGAGUGUAGAGCAUGGGCGAAGAAUAUUAAAUAUAGUACGAGAAAAUCCGAGAAAAUGGGCGCAGUACAUUUUGAACUUUUGAUAGACUAGUCUCUCGUUCAAAUGUGAGAACCUUGUGCCGAUGGACAAGCAGAUUAGAGUUAUCUUUGGUAUAUUAAACGUAAAUGGAUAAUACCUGAUAACGAGCAUGUGAAAAAUUACGAUAUAGAAAUUAUUUAAUCAAAAACAUUUCUUUAUAUUAUAUAAAUAGUUUAUCGAGAUUUCAUUCAAGAAAAUCAUUAGCCAAUGAUCAAUUCUAUCUUAUAAGUUUUACCGUGAUAUAAUAUUUAUUAUGUUAUUGUAUAAUGUAUAUGACAGAUGUAAAAUUUUAAUCUAUCUAUCCCAUGUGUUCUACAAUAGUUAAGAAGUAGACGUGCCAACGAACUUAUCGCUCCGAGAUAGAAAUAUUUUCUAAUAAUUUAUUACAAAAAUGAAUGUACGUGCGUUAUCUAUGGUUGUCAAAGAAAAAUCAAACGGUCCUGUUUUAUAUAAACAUUUUUUGACAUCUUGCAAUUAUCUCAUAGAUGAUAAUUCUUUAAUAUAAUUCUUUUUUCAAUAAUGAUUGAAAAAUAAUUUAUACAGACACAAUUGUAUUAUUUUUUAAAAAAGAGUUAAAAAUAAUCACAUAUAGUACACGAUACAUAGGUAUUAACUUUGCAUUAAGAUAAAUAUCUUGCCUAUAAUAUACAUAUAACUUAAUUAACAGAUUUAUCUUCAUGAAGAGGUGUAUUAAUGAUUUAAUUUUGUUUCUUUUUCUUUUUUAUGAAUACAUUAAUGAUACUUUGCAAAGUUCUUAAUUCUCGGCUGAAACUUAAUGCGUGUGUUUGUGUGAUUCUUUUUCUUUAUAUUUAGAAAAAUUUUCAUAUAUUGCAUUUUACACAUCUGUUGAUAUAAAUCGUAAAAAUAUUAUAUUUAUUAUUUUCUUUUUUAUAAUUGAGUAUUAACGACAAAAUAAUUGAUUCUUACAAAAUAUUGUUUUUCACAAUUUGAACUGUGAUUAAAUAAAAUUCUUUAUUAGAUAAAUUAUAUAAAUUUGUGUAAUAUCAAUAAGAAAUAAUGAUACGAUUUAAAUAGAUUCAUCAUGCUGUUAUGAUUAAUUAUUGUUAAAGAUAAGAUUUGAUUGUGCAACUAAUUACACAUGUAUGUAUAAAAUGUCUUAUAUGGGUGUAGGAAUUUUGUUGUAAUUUUAUGUACUUAUAAUACAUUUUGUUAGAAUUGUUUAUGUGAAUAUGUAUUUUAAUUUGUAUUUAUGUUACAUAAUAACAUUAUAUAUAGUAAGUAGUUUCUACGUAUUAUAAAUACUUUAUAAUGAUGCAUACACUCUAAGGAGAUACGUACUUAUAAAAAUGCAAAGGGGAUAAAAAUUAAAUUAGAGAAGAUCUAAAAAAAAAAAAGAAAACAGAAAUUAUAAAAUAAAAGUAAACAUUAUACAAAUAGAGAGCCAUGCGUAAUGAAAUUAAAUAUAUAAUAUUAUAAUUUAAUGUAUCAAUCGCGCGACCAAUAUUUAAUAGAUUAACGGGUCGAUAGAUGAUUUUUAAAACAAUGUUUAUUAAUGAAUAGAAUGAAUUCAUUCGAACACAGAAUUUAUUGAAUUUUUUGGCAAGUACAUAUCAUUCUUAUUGUACAUUUCAAUUCUAUUUCAUAAAAUUGUGUAAAAGUAUGAUAAUCGUUGAUAAAUUUAUGCUUAAGAGAAUCAUAAUGAGAUUCUAUAUUUUUUCGAAGGCACUUGAAAAUAAAUCUCUGCAGAU